AUGCCCCGCAACGCCUCCCAACCGGAGAGGGAUAAAACAACCCACCCUCCCCACGGCUCGGCUCGAUCCGGCCUCUCGUCCAACGGAGAGGAGGUGAAAAUCGGAGAUUGGCUCUUGGGGUUCCGACGUUCGGAGGCGGACGAGCUAGGACAUCUUAUCACUGGGAAGGAAAUGGCCAACCGCACGGCGGUGACGGGAUUCCUGCUGCUGGGAUUCUCGGAGGUCCGGGAGGUGCGGCUGGUCCAGGCCGCGCCGUUCCUCCCGGUCUACCUGGCGGCCCUGACGGGGAAUCUCCUCGUCGUCGCCGUCACCGCCCUCGACCGGCGCCUCCGCGCCCCCAUGUACUUCUUCCUCGGGCACCUGUCCGUCCUCGACCUCUGCUACAUCUCCGUCACCGUCCCCCAGUCCGUCCACAACUCCCUGACCGACAACAGAUCCAUCUCCUUCCUGGGCUGCGUCUUUCAGUUGUUUUUCCUCCUGCUGUUCGCCUUUUCUGAGCUGUACUUUCUCACGGCCAUGUCCUACGACCGCUACGCGGCCAUCUGCCGUCCCCUGCGCUACGGGGUCAUCAUGGACCGAGGGGCCUGUGGGAAGAUGGCGGCCGCCUCCUGGCUGGGUGGUACCGUCAGCGCCGCCACUCACGCGGCCGCCACCUUCUCCGCCGGCUUCGGCGGGUCCGACGUCAUCCGCCAUUUCUUCUGUGACACCCCCCAGAUGAUGGAACUUUCAGGCCCCGGUGGGAACCUCCAGGAGAUUGGAGUCACGGUCUUCUCUGCCAUUCUGAACGUCUCGUGCCUCGUCUCCAUCGUCGUCUCCUACGCGCGCAUCUUCGGGGCCGUGCUGAGGAUGCCGGCCGCCGAGGGCCGGGCCAGAGCCUUCUCCACCUGCCUGCCCCACCUCGCCGUGGUGAUUUUAUUCAUCUCCACGGGAACUGUCGCCCACCUCAAGCCGCCCUCAGCCUCCUCCUCGACACCGGACCUGCUGGUGUCCGUGUUCUACACCGUGGUGCCCCCGGCCCUCAACCCCCUCAUCUACAGCCUGAGGAACCGGGACGUGAAGGCCGCCCUGGGGAGGCUGCCGGGAGUGAGAGGAUGGCUCUGAGAAACAGGGCCGCAUGAAGUUCGUCCUGUAAUUUGGGGGGGAAGAAAUCCUGUAGGAAACACGUUCCCCUUCUUCUAGGGAAGGCUCAGCCAAUCCAUCACUCAAUUAAACUAUCAGAUAUUUUCAA